UCUCUGCACGCCAUUGUUGGUUGGAAUGGAAACGGUUCUUGAAACACAUACACAUUGACCGCGUAGACGCAUAAACUUGCAAGCUUUCUAUUUAAGAUCCCCGCCAGUUUUCAUAAAAUUGUUUACCCAGUUUUGGAGUCUUUGCGUCUGGUUUUUCUCGUGGUAGUUGAUUUUAGCUACAGAGUGACUUGUCAAACCAAGAAAAUUGGGAUAUCUAUUACAAUUCUGUAGCGAGGUCUCGACGACGCCAAGAUUUAGGCAUGGCUGAAAUAUCAGUCAAGCUUCCGAAACCAAAGUAUGGCCAAAUUGUGGUGCUGCAAAAGAAUGGUGAUGAGCCCAGAGGCCAUGGGUUUCCUUUGACCUCUACAACUUGUGUGGUUGGCCGGUGUUUAAAGUCUGAUAUUCGUAUAACUUCUGCUGAUGUCAGUGAUACACACUGCAAAUUUCUGAUUGAUGAAGUCUCUGGGGAGGCCUCAGUAGAAAUUCAUGGAAAUGAAACCGAAGUCAAUGGGACACAUUUUGAAGCCGUUAGCUUGAUUAAGCUCAACCACAAGGAUGUUGUUUUAGUUGGUGGAAGGAAACUACGAUUUGAAUAUCUACCACCCGACUAUAAACCUCUAUCAAAUAAACCUGUUGCAGAAUCAACUGAUUCUUUCAGCGCUGAAGUUGUUGAUCUAGAAGAGAAUGGUGAUGUUGUUGACAGCAAUGCUGAAAAAGAGGAAGACAUUGCGCCUGAAGUGCCCUCUACUCCAUCACUAAAGCGAGUUUCCUUUGGACCCUAUCUCAGUCCAGAGCAGUUUGACAACACAUUGCCACCUGCUACGCCGAUCAAGAAAGGUGCAACUCCUCGUCGUUCUACGCGAUAUUCGGGAUUAAAAUUUAUCCGAGCUCCAAUCGAUUCGUUAAUUGAGGAGGAGGGCGGUUUAGAAACGCCAGCAGAUGAGAAUUUGGUGGCGAACGAUAAGGAAUACGUAGACGAAACGCUAGAAGAUGCCGAAGCCUCGGUUUCCAGCGUCACUUCAGUCGAUGAAACUUCUAUCCUUGACAAAACCAGUCCGUCGUUAGCUGAAGCGACUGAAUUUCUUGACAUUUCCGCUCGCGCCAACUUGGACAUGUCGUCCAUUGAUGCCAUGUCGACCAUGUCAGAUGUUUCAAACAUUGCUGUCGUUCCUUCUGAGUGCUGUUCUUUCCUCGACGAACCUGUCGAAGAAGGCGAUUUUGAAGUUGUUGAACAAGAAGACACUUCAUUAUUUGAUGAUGAUCUUAUUGGAGCAGAGAUUCCCGUUCCGGAGAUAACGACACCUCAUCUGACCAACGGCUCUACUUUAUUGAGAUCAUUUACAACCUCGUCAUUAGUAGAUAAUAUGGGAGAAGAGGAAGAAGAAGGUAUCACUCUCUCGCCGGAAGACAUGUCUGAAGGGAUAAAUGGUCACACUUCAACCGUUGAAUCGGCUGCCCAAUUAGAAGAGGCUGAAAAAGAAUCAGUUCCUGUAGAAUCCAAUAGUGUUCCGUUAUCACCUCAGGCGGAUUACACUGACGUUCGUGGAGUUAAACAGCUUCUGCAGACACCGAAACCGGUUCCAACCACCCCAAAAGCUGAUUAUACCGAUUUAGAAGGAGUCGAGCAGCUGCUGAAAACUCCUAAAAAUGCAGUCACUUCUCCUCAUUCACCCAAAGUCAACAACAGCGAUGUUGAGAAAACUCCGAAACCAGUUGCCCUUGAAGUAAAUGAUGAUCUGCCCAAGGAUGUCGUUCCAGCACUCGAACCAGUGGCCAAAGUCGAAGCUGUUUGUAGUGUUAGUGUCGAAAAACUGAUUGAAACUCCCGAGUCAUCUCCUCAGAUGAAGAGUCCCGAGAUUGCCAAUAGUCCUCCAGCCGACAGUAAAGUACUCGAAAAUGUGGGAGAGCUUUCUAAAACCCUCGGUGCUGAAGCACCUGAAACAUCUAAAGUCGACGAAUCCGUCCUGGAAGAUGUCGAUGGGUUGCAUCAAACGCCAAAGACUUCGUCUGACGAUUCUAAAUUGAACUGCACCGACCUGGAAGGAGUUGCCCGUCUUCUCGAGACGCCUAAAACGACACGAUCCGUUGUCGUUGCUGCCGCUGGCGUUGGAAAAACACCUGAAGCUGACUACACUGACGUCCGUGGCAUUAAGAAGCUGCUUCAGACGCCUAAACCUCCACCAAACACGCCCAAAGCAGACUAUAGAGAUGUCAGAGGUGUCAAGCGACUUUUGGCUACUCCUAAAGCAACGCCCGGUACUCCUAAAGCUGACUAUACUGAUGUCGAAGGCGUCGAUCUCCUAAUGAAGACACCCAAAGCAAAAGAUCAUGUGAAGGAAAGUGAUGAGAAAGAGGUGCCUGAGAAAAUAUUGGAAGAGUCUACACCCGAAACCCCGAUUGACAUUGCCAAUUCAACCGAAGACAUUGUCGAUCCCAAGGUUGACGAAGGCCAGCCCCUGACUAGGGAAAAGGAAGAAAUCCCGCUCGAGGAGGAUGAAGUUGAAACGAAGGUUACCGAGCCACGACGAGGCCAGCGAGUGUCGCGUAAACCUAAAACGCCCAAUGUACCAUCGCAGCAAACAGCUUCGCCAUCCGAACCAGAAGAACAAAAGGACGAAACAUCUGUGGAAGAAAAAAAGAGCUGCCCUUCAGAUGAACUCGCCGAAGUUACUACAGUUGACGAUUCAGAAGAAUCGGCGAAAAUACCAAGUGAAAUCGAGCAGCAGGUGGAAGAAGAGGAAUGUGUUGCCGCCAGUGCUCCCAAGAGAGGGCGUAGAGCCGCCACUUCUAAAACAAACACACCUAAAGCUGAUUACAGAGAUGUCAGUGGAGUUAAGCGGCUUCUGAAAACUCCCAAAGCCGACUACUCUGACGUGGACGGUGUUGAACUUUUAAUGAAAACACCUAAGGCAAAAGAUCCUGUCCCUCAGAUUGAAGAGGAAGAAAAGAAUCUGGUCGUUGUUGAGGAAGAAGCACCUGCGAAAGUCGUGGUGGAACCCGCAUCCGAAGCUGAUCAACAAUCCUCUAAAACUGCUGAAGAACCUGUCGUUGAGAGUGUUGAACAAGUCGCUGCUACUGCUCCACAGAUGGAUAUGGCCCAGCCUGUCGUAGAAGAAGAACCUGUUGAGAAAGAAACCAAUCCUCCCAAACGAGGUCGUAGAGCUGCUGCUGCUAAAGUCGACACACCUAAAGCAGAUUACAGAGAUGUCAGUGGAGUUAAACGGCUUCUGAGAACUCCCAAAGCUGGCCCAGGAACCCCUAAAGCCGACUAUUCUGACGUUGAAGGUGUCGAUCUUUUAAUGAAGACUCCUAAACCCAAAGAUCCUGUUCCACAAAGUGAAGAGGAAGAAAAGAAUGUGGCCAUUGUUGAGGAAGAAGAAGUACCCGAGAAACUCGUCGUGGAAUCCACACCUGAAGCCCAAACUUCCGAACCUAUUGAGGAAUCCGCCAGCGAUGUCGUUGAGAGUGUUGAAGUGAACACUCCGGUUGCCUCGCAGAUGGAAGAGGAAAAACCGGUCGUAGAAGAAGAAAUGAAAGAGGAAGAACCAGAAGCUCCUCUUCCAAAACGAGGUCGUAGAGCUGCUGCUGCCAAGCCAGACACACCCAAAGCGGAUUACAGAAAUGUGAGUAGAGUUAAACGGCUUUUAAAAACUCCCAAAGCUAUGCCCGCAACACCUAAAGCCGACUAUUCCGACGUGGAAGGUGUCGAUCUUUUGAUGAAGACUCCUAACUCAAAGGAUCCUGUUCCUCACAUUGAAGAAGAAGAAAAGAAUCUGGUCGUUAUUGAAGAAGAAGAGGAAGUACCCGAGAAACUCGUCGUGGAAUCCACACCCAAAGCUCAGACUUCUGAACCAAUUGAAGAACCCGCCAGUGAUGUCGUUGAUGUUGCCUCGCAGAUGGAAGAGGAAAAGCCGGUCGUAGAAGAAGAAAUGAAAGAGGAAGAACCAGAAGCUCCCCUUCCAAAACGUGGUCGUAGAGCUGCUGAUGCUAAAGUCGACACACCCAAAGCAGAUUACAGAAAUGUCAGUGGAGUUAAACGGCUUCUGAGAACUCCCAAAGCCGGCCCAGGAACCCCUAAAGCCGACUAUUCUGACGCGGAAGGUGUCGAUCUUUUAAUGAAGACUCCUAAACCCAAAGAUCCUGUUCCACAAAGUGAAGAGGAAAAAAAGAAUGUGGUCAUUGUUGAAGAAGAAGAAGAAGCAGUUCCCGAGAAACUCGUCGUGGAAUCCAACCCCGAAGCUCAGACUUCUGAACCAAUUGAAGAACCCGUCAGUGAUGUCGUUGAUGUUGCCUCGCAGAUGGAAGAGGAAAAGCCGAUCGUAGAAGAAGAAAUGAAAGAGGAAGAACCAGAAGCCCCCCUUCCAAAACGUGGUCGUAGAGCUGCUUCCGCUAAGACAAGCACACCGAAAUUUGACUAUAGGGACGUCAAAGCAAUCGAGAAGCUUCUGAAAACUUCUGCUGCUGCUCGCGACACUCCUAAAGUCGAUUGCACCGACGUCAAAGUCGUUGAACAACUCACGAAGACCCCCCAAUCCAAGGAUGUGGAAUCGGAAAGUGAAGUUGCGGAAGAGUCAUCCAAGAAUCCUGUCGAGAAAUCAACAACUGAGGCUGCUCCAGUAGACAAGACCGAAACAACUGAUGAGCUGGCCAACAAAGAGGAACAAACUAAAGAGUCUGAAGCCGAAAAGGAUGUCAUUCCUGCUAGACGAAGCCGCAGAGCGGUUCCUACUCCAAAAACCAACACUCCAAAACCGGCUAGUCGGUCGAAACGGAAGCCACCCCAGUCGGAACCGGAGAUCCAGCCUGAAGUGAAUGACACAGUUGAAGUUCCGCUCUUACCUGCCACCGAGAAGGAGGAGCCAGUCGUCGUAGAAGAAGCAUCGAGUGAAGAGACUUCUCAGAAAGCGGAAGAAGAACAAGUUCCAGUCAAGAGUGUCAUCACACCUAAGCGAGGUCGCCGAGCCGCCGCUGUUCCAGCGUCCAAAGUUGAGACGCCGAAGGCUACUCGAUCAACAAGGGUUAAAAAGCAGUCAGAAUCGGACAGUGUCCAAGCGGAAGCCGAAACUCGGCCAGUGCGAUCCAGGAGAAGAAAAGAUGACCUGUUAAAUGACGAAAAAUUGUCAUUGUCACCUGUCGUCCGUCUCUGUCAGAUCGAGGUGCCCCAGACACGUGUGAGUACUUCCUCAGACGAAAUGGACAAAGAAGAGAACAAAAGAGUUUCAUCGUCCAGCAACGAUGAAGUGGCGCCAGCUAAACGAGGACGUGGUCGACCAAAACUAAUUAAGAAAGCAGUGCCGAAAAAAGGAAAGGCUGCGGAAGCUCCUGUUCCGGACGUUGUGGAACCCGUUGCCUCUGCGGAUGAAAUGGAACAAGUCGAAGCUAAACCAGCCAAGAAGACGACUCGUCGAGCCACAUCCAAACAGACUGUCGAAAAAGUGGAAGGUGCGCCGGAAGAGAAACGACGUCGUGGUGGCAGUAAACCUGCUGCUGGUUUAGAUGAUGUCGAAAUGUUGCACGAAGGCAAAGGUCAUGCUGCUGAUAUCCAUGCGAAUCACAUGCCGGAUGACGUAUUGCGGGAAACGAACGAGGAAUCCACUGCAACAACUUCAUCUGGUCGACCCAUCCGCAGCAGAAAAGCAACAUUGAAAGUCCAUUUUGAUGUUGCUGGUGCGGCGGCUUCACCGGUCAGAUCCACCCGUUCCACCAGGAAAACAACGGCAGCAACAGCGGCUUCACCACCCCCGGAUAAGACAGUGUCUGUUCUACUUGACCGCGAUCCGGACAUUGACACUUUGGCUGCCGUUGGUCCAGCCAACGAAGAUGAAGAAAAGGUACCCACCUCCACUGCUACCAAGCGUCCAAGGCAGAAGAAGGUGCCAGCAGCUGCUGCCGUAGUUGCUGAAGAAACGGAGGGCACAGAAUCUCCGGCCGCACCUGCUGUGAAGCGGACCCGCGGUGGUAAGAAAGUCUCGACCGAUUCUGAUGUACCGAAAGUGGAGAGCUCAUCUCCACCUCCCGCUGCCCCAUCACCUCGUCGUACCCGACGCACCCGAAACAUCUAAACGGGAGAUAAAUCCUAAAACAAUUUCCUUUUGUUUCCUUUUUUUUUUUAAAGUCUUUUUUUUUCUGGUACACCUCCCAUCAUUUUACCAAUUAUAAUUUUGUUUGCAUAUCGGAAUCUAUGCUGCUUUUUGGGUUUCAUUAUGUACCUUAUUUUUGGUCCUUUGGCUUCGUGGAUAUUUAUAUCAUUGCAUAAAGGCCCAGUUGAUUAUAAUUCUUCUUUUGAAAUGUUUUUCCUAAAAUUUCAUUUUUAAUGACUCCAGAAGAAUUUUUUAAGAAAGGGGGGGAGUAGUUCAUUCAUUAUCUGGCAUGAAGCAUUCAGUGUAUUAUUGAUUUCAUAAUAUACGUGUUAUUGUCAA